AUUCUUAUUCUCAUUUUUCAACAGAGUUUCAUCUUCUAGUAGAAUUUGGACGUGCUUGUCAUAAAGAAAUUUCUCUUAAAUUUUCCCAUUUCUAAAAUCAUACCAUCCUCCGACCAAUCAGCUCUCUCUGAUUCUCUCACCGUCCGAUCGUCACCAUCACCUUCCUCCGCCACCUCCGACACUCUUCGUCGCAGCACUUUCCACGCCAACAACAACAUUGCAAUGUCUUUUCAGUGUCUAUGUUGCAAGCAACUGAGAACUGUUAUAGUCUUUCAAGGGAAUACAAACCUUUUCAACACAAAAAUGAGGUGUUGUAAUUUUCUCCCUUUUAAAUUUUCGAAAAUGUGUUACCGGGUGAAACCUAAAUUUACAGAUAAGAAGUUUGUAGAAAUAGACCAACAUGGUGUAAAGAGCGCGGUGAAGUUGCGUAAGAAGGUAUUUGCUCUUAUGGAUUAUAACAUCCCUGACCUAAUUGAAAAUGGAAGUGGUGAAAUGAAAUCUAAAAUGAAUCUGGAAGAUUCAGUAGAUGAUUUUGACAUCUCCUUGAUUCAAAAGAGAUUUCCAUCAAUUACUUUGGGCAGUGCUCCUCAAGUGGAUUUGUAUGAUGGGACCACAUCAAACUCUGAAGCAACAAUCAUCUCAGCAACCGAAGGUUUUGAACAGAAUUUUUAUGAUUCUUCAGAGGCAAGGCAGGUGCAAAAUACUCUUUCUGAAGCAUCGUGGCCUUUUGAUCGUUCCAGUGUAACAUUUUCGGCAUCAAGAAAAGAUGAUUCUUUUCCUUUGACAUCUCAAUCAGAAGAAACAUUGGAUGAAGUUACUCGGGAGGAUUCUCAAAAUAAAGUAGGACUGCAGUCACAAUCAAACCUUACACUUAAUGAGUUAUCUCUUGACAAAUCUGUUGAUUGCUUACUUGGAUUAACUAAGAGGCAAUACCAACUACUAGAUAACUGUGGGUUACACACGUUACGGAAAUUGCUGCACCAUUUUCCGCGGUCAUAUGCUAAUCUACAGAAUGCACAUGCUAAAAUUGAUGAUGGGCAGUAUUUGAUCUUUGUUGGAGAAGUCUUAUCUUCAAGGGGAGUUAAAGCUAGUUGUUCAUUUUCAUUUCUUGAGGUGAUUGUUGGUUGUCAGAUUGCAGACAGGGAAUCAGCUUGUGAGAAUGUGACUGACGAAGUUGAGCAAAAGAAGACAAUUUAUUUGCAUUUGAAGAAAUUUUUCCGUGGCACACGUUUUACUUAUAAACCUUUCCUUAAUAGUAUUGCGAACAAGUAUCAAGUGAGAGAUAUAGCAUGUGUGAGUGGCAAGGUUAGGACUAUGCGUGCUAAAGAUCACUACGAGAUGAGAGAAUAUCAUAUUGAUGUGCUUGAAGAUGGAAAAGAUUUAUCCCUUUGUGCUAAAGAGAGGCCAUAUCCUAUCUACCCUUCAAAAGGUGGUUCAAACCCAACAUUUCUUCGAGACAUUAUUGCAAGAGCUUUACAUGCUUUGCCAGUCAAUGUUGAUCCAAUUCCUAAAGAUAUCAGAGAGGAAUUUGGACUCUUAAGUCUUCAUGAUGCAUAUUGUGGAAUUCACAAACCUAUGGAUAUAAGUGAAGCUGAUUUGGCCCGCAAGCGACUUAUAUUUGAUGAAUUUUUUUACCUUCAGUUAGGACGAUUAUUCCAAAUGCUCGAAGGUCUUGGCACACAAAUAGAAAAGGAUGGAUUGCUAGAGAAGUAUAAAAGACCAGAAAAUAACACCGCGUGUACAGAGGAAUGGUGCUGUCUCACCAAGAAGAUUUUGGAGCUCCUUCCAUAUACUCUUACUUCUAGCCAACUGCAAGCUGUUUCAGAAAUUAUUUGGGAUCUAAAAAGGCCAGUUCCAAUGAAUCGGCUACUACAGGGUGAUGUUGGAUGUGGGAAAACUAUCGUAGCUUUUCUUGCAUGCAUGGAGGUUAUUGGCUCUGGCUAUCAGGCCGCUUUCAUGGUUCCAACUGAGUUACUUGCAAUCCAGCAUUACGAACACUUGCUUACGUUGCUUGAAAACGUGGAUGAAGUCAAGUGCAAGCCAACCGUUGCUUUACUCACUGGUUCAACCCCACUAAAACAAUCACGGAUAAUUCGUAAGGGUAUCCAGACUGGAGAGAUUUCAAUGGUCAUUGGAACCCACAGUUUGAUAGCAGAACGUGUGGAAUUCUCAGCAUUACGUAUUGCUGUGGUGGAUGAGCAGCAUCGCUUUGGUGUGAUUCAAAGAGGAAGAUUUAACAGUAAGUUAUUUUGCACUUCUUCAAUUCCAAGUAUGGAAGAUGCUAUUACAGAUGGUUCCUCAAAAAGUGAUGAUUAUAUGGCUCCACAUGUUCUUGCCAUGUCUGCUACUCCCAUCCCAAGAACACUUGCACUUGCUUUAUAUGGUGAUAUGUCACUGACACAGAUAACCGGCUUACCACCAGGAAGAAUUCCUGUUCAAACAUACACCAUUGAAGGAAAUGACAAAGGAUUCGAUGACGUCUACAAGAUGAUGAUGGAUGAGUUGAAAGAUGGGGGAAAAGUUUAUCUUGUCUACCCAAUUAUUGAACUUUCAGAGCAGUUGCCUCAGCUUCGUGCUGCUUCUGCAGAUAUCGAGGUUAUUUCGGACCGGUUCCCUGAAUACAAUUGUGGUUUAUUACAUGGAAGAAUGAGAGGUGAUGAAAAAGAAGAAACCUUAAGGAAGUUUAGGACUGGAGAAUUGCACAUACUACUUGCCACUCAAGUAAUUGAAAUUGGUGUUGACGUACCAGAUGCAUCGAUGAUGGUUGUGAUGAAUUCUGAGAGGUUUGGAAUGGCCCAAUUACACCAACUGAGGGGCCGAGUUGGACGCGGAACAAGACAGUCAAAAUGUAUAUUAAUAGCAUCAACUGCCAGUAGUCUAAAUCGUCUGAAAAUACUGGAGCAAUCGACAGAUGGGUUUCAUCUCGCAAAUAUGGACCUAUUAUUACGUGGGCCUGGUGACUUGCUAGGCAAGAAACAAUCUGGACAUCUUCCUGAGUUUCCUAUUACCAGAUUGGAAGUGGAUGGGAAUAUUUUACAAGACGCACAUGUUGCUGCACUGAAAAUGUUAAGUGCUUCCCAUGAUCUGGAGAAAUUUCCUGCACUUAAACUGGAGCUUGGCAUGAGACAGCCGCUUUGCCUGCUAGGUGAUUGAUCAAGUCUUGAUGUGGUAUUCAAGAAUUACUGUGCUCAUUGUGAUAAUUCUGUUGAUGUAAAUAAUUUGAUAGAGGCUUAUGUAGACACCUAGGCUGAUGUUUAUAUCUUGAAAGUCAGUUGUUAACUUUUUGUCCUGUUCUGCUAUGGUUCUUAUUCUUUGUAUUCAUCGGUAGCAGUGAUGGUUUUGAACAUGUUCCCCAUUUUUUGGAGGGCCCCAGAAUUUUAUUUUAACCUCGAAAACUUGAGUAAUUGUAAAUAUGAUCAAAAUUUUCUUCUUCCUGUGGUGGGUAUCCUUAGCCUCAUAAUUUUAUGACUUCUGUAAUUUAUAAUGUAUAAUGAUGUGGUAAAAUUUUA